ACCAACUGUCUGAAGUCUGACGCCUUUACCAUUUUCCCUGAUGCAUGCAACAACAUCAAAGAUCACUGAUCUACCGUCUCAGCUCCAACUUCAUCUCGAAGUUUGCUCCCCACUUUCAUUCUGGCCCUUGACUGCCAUUCGUCAUAGAAGUAAAGUUUAUAAAGAGGUGUAGUGAGCGCUUUACAAGAACACUUUAGUGGUAAAUCUUAGUGAAGUUGGAGGUGUGUGUUUUGUUGGUUCUUACCUAGUGAGUUCAGCGAGAAUAGAAGGUGUCGGACUUUUUUGAAAGUGCGGGAGUGAUGUCACCGAGCCAGAAUUACCCGCCAAAUCUGAUGUCCAUGGAACCUGUUUCCAGGACAUACCAAUACCGGAAGAUCAUGAAGCCAAUGUUGGAGAGGAAGCGACGAGCACGGAUCAACCGAUGCUUGGAUGAACUAAAGGAUUUGAUGACUGGUGCCUUGCAAGCUGAGGGCGAAAACGUGGCAAAACUAGAGAAAGCAGACAUCCUGGAGUUGACCGUUCGACAUCUACACAGCUUACGACAACAUAAUACGUUAUUCUGUCGUCCUGACCCAGGAUAUGCUGAUCGAUAUUGGGAUGGAUUCCGCCAUUGUGCCAAGGAGGUGGCCCAGUUCCUAGCCAAAUGUGAUCAAUCUGCCGGGGUAGUGGUAUUAAAGCACAUCAACGCAUUGAUGCUGAAUUUGGAUCCUUAUCGGCAUACAUAUUUGGCCACCAUGCGACCUGAAUCAAUACCUAAAAAUACUGAAAGGAGUUCUUCGAGAGACUGUUUCGAACAAGAGAGCAGAGAGAGUGGUUCAGUUUGGAGACCGUGGUAGUCUAGUUCUAGUUUGGAUGCUAUUGAAGCUAAUUGUGUUUAUUGAUAGACGUUUAUGGUCGAAGCUUUAUUUUUAUAAGAGAUCACUUAAACUAUUUUGUCUGUGAUAAAUUUUUCAAAAAUAAAAUGUUAAAA